AUGAAAAACCCUCGUGAUGAUGCAAUUUUCCCUUUGGAUCUCUUGAUGGAAAUCUUGUCAUGGCUACCCGUGAAGACCCUCAUACGAUUCGCAUGCAUUUCCAAGUCAUUGAAAUCAUUGAUCUUCAAUGAUCCAUCAUUUGCGAAAUUGCACCUUAAUAGAUCCCCAAAAAAUACACACAUUCUCCUCAACAUAGAAGACGAACCCUACGAAUUUGAAAAUGAGGACAGUUGGGUUGUUCCAUGCUCUGUGGAUUGCUUGAUGGAGGAUCCUUCGUCCAUGAUUGAUGUUGAAGAGUGCUACUUUUUGAAGGGAAAUCAUUUGGUAAUUGGCUCCUGUAAUGGGUUGGUUUGUUUGGGAAACUUUUAUGAUGUUGGCCCAAUUGAAGAAUUUUGGGUUCAACUUUGGAAUCCGUCCACACACUUGAUGUCUAAGAAGUCACCAACCUUUCAUCUGAGCAUGCGAACUUCAAUGGAUGCUCCGCGGGGUAAAGUGAAUUUGGGGUUCGGCUAUGAUAGUUCACAUGAUACUUACAAGGUGAGUAAAUAUUUAAAGUGCUACCCUUUUGAAGAUAAUUAUUUGAGAAUUCAUAAUAGUGGUGGUGGUGCAUUGGGAUUGUACAGAGCAGAAAAUUAUGACAAGGGUGUAUUGUCUGUUAAAAAUAUGAAGGGUCCCGAAUAUCAAUGGGACAAUGUUACUCUCGAGCAGCUGAUUAUUGCUUCCUUUGACAUGAUUGAGGAGGUGUAUACAUAUCGGCCACUUCCCGAGGGUGUUACUGAGGUGCCUCAUUUUGAGCCAAGACUCGGGGUUCUUGAAAAUCACAUGUGUCUUUUUCAUGACCAUAAUAGAACUCAUUUAGUUGUGUGGAAAAUGAGAGAGUAUGGAGUUCGAGAGUCUUGGACUCGAUGGGUGAAAAUCAGUUAUGAGAAUCUUCGAUGUGAAGGUUUUUUGUAUAGGCCCUCGACAAUGGUCUUAUCUGAAGAUGGUGACAUCCUUUUGCUCGCAAAAAAUGGGGAUUUGGAGUUUAUCACGUAUGACAUCAGAGAUAAUAAUAUAGAGUAUAUUUCAAAUCCCAACAAAGAAUUUUGGUUGUAUGCUUUUGGUUAUGUUCAGAGUCUGGUUUCUCCUUGUCAAGACAAAGAAGAUGGACAAAAACGAGGGAGAAAAUAA